AUGUUCAUUGGGAACAUCAUUGGUGUCCUGGUCGCAAUAUGUUGCAGUUAUGGACUUUACUUCUCCUACAACAAUACAGGUGACGUGGCGCUCUGGUUCUCUAAACAGACGGUCUGCGAAGUCCAAGACUAUAGGACGCAGAUUGUGUCAGAAGACCCUUUGCUAGUUUAUGUCGAAAAUUUUGUCAGUCAGACGGAGGUAUCUCAACUGCUUAAUAUCGGAAAAACUCGGUAUUCUCCUUCAAAAUUAUCAACUGGAACGAGUGGCGAUGCGUACCGAUCAUCCCAGUCGGCUGGCCUGCCACCAUCGGAGCCUCCAGUCUCAUGUGUGGGGAGCCGUGCACUCUCCCUAAUGGAAUCUUUCACCGACGCCUCCGACGAGUUCGGCAUCCCUCAACUAGUGACGUAUAAACCUGGCCAGCAAUACAAGCUUCAUUAUGAUUGGUUUCAAGAGUCAAUGCGGUAUAAAGACGGUCGAUUGUGCAAUCGUGUGACUAGUAUCUUUGUCUUCUUGGAGGCUGACUGCACUGGAGGGGAAACCUAUUUUCCGCGCGUUGUGCCCACAGCUUCGAGCUUAAUUGAUGAUGGCAAAGCUAUUCAAAAUGGCUCAUUCGAGGGCAUCAUGUUUAAACCGAUACCGGGAAAUGCGCUCUUCUGGGUUAAUCUUCCGGACAAUAGGAUUGGAGAUGAGCGUGUUCUGCAUGGAGGACUACCAGUGCAUAAUGGAACCAAGACGGGAAUGAAUAUUUGGCCAUUGAGGUGUGAGCCAUAG